AUGAUGGCAUCUAUCUAUUCUCAUCUGAGGAGCGUGAAUAAGCACAACCUACGCACACUAAGAAGACAGCCGCUGAACGAACUUUCUGGAGCUCUAGGCGAUCUGGGAACUUUACUACCUCUACUCAUCGCUCUCACUUUGACUAAGAGCAUAUCGUUAUCUGCUACUUUAGUUUUUUCUGGACUUGCAAACAUAGCGACAGGAGCUGCAUUUGGUAUACCACUACCUGUUCAGCCUAUGAAAGCUAUAGCCGCCAUUGCCAUCAGUCAGUCAUAUACCAAGACUGAGAAUAUCUCGGCCGGUCUGUUUGUAGGAGGAGUUGUGACACUUCUCAGUCUCACAGGCCUUCUCAAAUGGUUCGGACGUGUGGUACCUAUCCCUGUCGUCAGAGGUAUUCAAAUGGGCGCUGGCUUCGCCCUGGUCAUUUCAGCAGGGACUAGUCUUCUCAAGCCACUCGGUUGGGUUAGUCCAAACUGGUCAGACAACUGGCUAUGGGCAAUGGCUGCUUUCAUCUUUCUCCUUGUAUCUUCCUUGGUGCCACGAGUCCCAUACGCUCUGCUGGUCUUCAUACUCGGACUUAUGUUCGCUGGCAUCCAACUCAGGACCUCCCACUCAUCAACACCCUCAGGCUUCCAAACCUGGCACCCAAGAACCUACGUCCCCUCACCCAAAGACUUCUACAAAGGCGCCUUCGAAGCCGGUCUCCCUCAACUACCCCUCACAACCCUAAACAGCAUUCUAGCUGUAACCUCCCUCUCAGCAUCCCUAUUCCCCUCCUACCCUCCUACCCCCUCAAACACUCAAAUCGGCCUCUCAGUAGGCAUCGCAAAUCUGAUCGGCUGCUGGUUCGGCGCCAUGCCCGUCUGCCACGGCUCCGGCGGCCUCGCAGCCCAAUACCGCUUCGGCGCCCGCAGCGGCGCCAGCAUCAUUCUCCUCGGUCUCGUAAAACUUGUCCUCGGCUUAACAGCCGGCGAAUCCAUUAUCCCCCUCCUCCAACGCUUUCCCAAAAGCCUCUUGGGGAUUAUGGUCCUAGCUGCUGGAGUUGAGUUGGCUAAAGUCGGUCAAUCAUUAGAUGACGUACAAGAUGCCUGGGAAGAAACAGAACAGGAGAAUGAAGAUGGAAAUGCGGAUAAGAGACGUGAGUUCAAUGAGCAGGAGAAGAAGAAUCGGUGGGCUGUUAUGUUGGUUACCGUGGCUGGGUGUUUGGCGUUCAAGAAUGAUGCUGUAGGCUUUAUUGCUGGUAUGGUGUGGCAUUGGGGUUUGCAGAUUUCGGAUUUGGCGAAGCAGAGACAGUGGAGUGGCCAGAGGAGGUUGACUCGUUUCUUUACUUCGCGAGAGUACAGGGAUGGUGAGGAUGCGCCUUUGUUGCACAGCGACGAUGCUUGA